UUAUCAGUUGUGUUUUAGAGAAAGAGGAAACAAAUUAGGGCAAAAAAUUGGUUGCGAUUGGAUUGCUUAACUGCGUCUGAUGUGUUUGAUUUGAGAACGAAAUUGAUGAAGGACCCGUCAGCGAAGAGGAAGGUGGUUGUUCGGCACUUGCCUCCUUCUCUUUCUCAGUCCGAUCUCUUAUCCCAGAUCGACCCUCGUUUCGGUGAUCGUUACAAUUGGGUUUCCUUUCGUCCAGGAAAGUCCAGCUAUAAAGCUCAGAAGUAUUCACGGGCCUACUUUGGUUUCAAGGCCCCUGAAGAUGUUUACGACUUUGCUGCUUUUUUCAACGGCCAUGUGUUUGUUAAUGAAAAGGGUGCUCAGUUCAAGGCCAUAGUUGAAUAUGCUCCUUCACAGCGUGUGCCCAAACCAUGUGACAAGAAAGAUCCUCGUGAAGGCUCUAUUACCAAAGACCCUGAUUAUCUUGAGUUUCUUAUGCUUAUUGCUCAGCCUGUUGAGAAUCUCCCUAGUGCUGAAAUCCAGUUGGAAAGAAGAGAAGCUGAGCUGUCUGGUGCUUCAAAACCGGCUCCAAUUGUUACCCCUCUUAUGGAAUUCAUACGUCAAAAACGUGCUACUGUGAUUGGAUCCCAGCAACAGGGUUUAGAUGUUCGAAGAGGUGGCAGAAGAGCCAGGGCAGUCUCUUCAAACAAGCCAGCUUCAAGGCCCUCAAAACGAAACUCUGAAAAGAAAAAGUAUGUGGAAAAAGACAAUUCAAAAAGCGUAUCCCGGAAGGCUACAUCAGACGCCGGCAGCUCCAAGCAAGAUUACAUUCCAAGUGGAAAGGACAUACCAGUAACUGAAACUGCCUCUGUCAUGGAUAGCUCUCUCCCAGGGAUUGCGUUGACUAUGGAUUCUGGGAAGAAAAAGAUCUUGCUCCUGAAAAAAGACCGAGACAAUCCUCUUAACUCUACAGCACAACCAGAACAGCAGAUGGAAACUAAUCUUUCUGGAAGCUCCUUGACUUCAAGACAGGAUCAGAAGAUUGUUGUUGGUGGGAGGUUGAUCAAGGGAAUACUUCUGAGAAAUGAGCCGCGACCUAGUCAGUCCUCAUCUUUUGUCCAGCCGGAGUCAAGAGUGGAACCCUUGGAAGCAGAAAACUCCAAGCGUCCUCCUCGGCCAGCAAACACUCGAGCAGGGAAAGACAAUCAGAUUUCUGGUACCAACAGUGAGAAGCAAGAGAGGCGUCCAAGAAACAAGGAGAGGCCUGAUCGUGUUGUGUGGACUCCUCUUCGUCGCUCUGAUGGGUCCAGUAUCAGCGAGGAUCAACUGUCAUCUUCAUCAGCAAACAAUGGAGAAAUUAAAGAGAGGAUGUUGUUGCAAAGAUCUGGAGAAGUGGUGAACUCCUCCGGUGGACACUCUCUUGAGAACGGUUCUACAAGACAUUCUGGUCGCCGUGUUGGAGCUCGCAACAGAAAAGAAGAGGGUUUUGCGAUGACUGGUGAGGGUAAAUCAUCCCGGAGAGGAGGUGGAGGUGGUGGUGGUCCCAAUUCACAUGAGAAGCAAAUGUGGAUCCAAAAAUCAUCGUCUGGUACUUGAUAUCUUCACUUAACAUAUGGCUUUUAUAAAUCAGCCAAUUCCAAUGGAUUUUGUUCUUAACGGGAAUCUAUAAAUCUCAAUCGAAAUGGAGAGUAACAACACUAUAUCAACACACUCGGGUUUUUGAGGGCUUUUGGUCCAGCGUCGUAAGUCGUAGUAUUGCACAUAAAAGAGGCCUGACUCACAGUAGGGAUCAGCUCAAGAUUUAUGGGUUUUGAGAUAAGAAAGAGACUGUUGCUACUGUCUUUGAAGGCUUUUAGCGGUUCAUGGUACCUGCAUCCCCUUUUUUGCUUGUGCUGUGUUACAGGCAAGUGGGUGAGAAUUGAGAAUUACAAUGAAAUAAAGACAAGUGUAUAAGGAGCAGGGAACACUUUAUCGGGUUUUAUUUUCUGUUCCUGAACGUGAUUUGCAGGAUUUAACCUUAAAUAGUUUGAUUACUGUGAAAAGUAAAUUUCUUGCUAUUUUACUAGUGGAAGUGGAUUUGUUUCACCUGA